AUGGUUCAAUUCAAUGCGGCAGUCAUCAAUGGCGCUUGCGUCCUUUCGACCCUCCUGAGCACUCACGGGGCUUUUGCCCAGGGUAGCCCCUGGGAUACCCUUGGCCAGGGAUCCCAAGGUUCCCAAGGUUCUCAGCCUGCUCCUGCCCCCGCCCCUCAAGUACCAAUUGCCAAUGACCCCUGGGCUACUCUAAAUGGAGGAAGUGGUGGUAGCGGUGGCAGUGGAGGGAGCGGAGGAAAUGCCCCCUCCCCAGCCACUGAUCCAUGGGCUACCCUCGGCGGCGGCGGUGGAGGUGCAGGCGGCACCUCCAAUUCCGGAACCGGAAACCCUUCGAGUGGAGGAGGAUCUUCGAACAACCAGCCCAUCCAACAAAACAUCCAGAUUACAACCACUCCGAACUGCAAUUCUGAUAACGGGAAGGUCUAUGAGGCCGCAGAUGGCAGCUGGUUCAAGCUCCAGUGUGUUACUCACAACUGGUUCACCACCAACAAGAAGAGAAUCACCGCCUCAAGUUACCAAGACUGCGUUGAUCAGUGCAGUUCCACCGACGGCUGUGAGGCCAUCACCUAUGAGCAUUCGAACGGCGCCUGUGACAUCAUGCAAGGCCCAUACGAUCCCAACUCUCAAAGUGUCCCUUGCAACAACCAUCAUUUUGCCUAUACCAUUGACCCGCCAACUUAUCCAACUGCUGUUGAGAAGAGAACCCUUUGCUCUGUUGAAUGCCCCGAAGCCGACGGUAUGAUCUAUACCACCGACCAUGGAGAAGUCUACAAGAUGUCUUGCGGCAAGAGACAUGGUACUGCCCCUAUCGGCGGAGAGAUUGUCAACAGCCUGAAGGAGUGCAUGGAUGCCUGCUCUUCCGUUCUCCAGUGCCACAGUGUCGACUACCACCCUCGAACCAAGAAGUGUUACCAGUCCAACCACCAGAGCGACCCAACCAUCCAGGCUUCCGGGUUCGCGAGUGCACACUCCCUUGGCUGUGCCAAUGCCUGCAAUGGUGGCUGCGGCUGCUCUUCUGGAGCUUGCCAACAGAAGGUCACCACUUCCGCUGCAUAA